GGGAAUGUGAGAGGGAGUGAAAUGUAUCUGGACUCUACAGUCCAUUCUAGCUACGACAGGGGUAAAAUCGGUGGUGCCCUAGGGCAGGGUACCUUCCGUGCUGGGCAUUACAAUGGACCUUUGUAGUAGCAUCUAGGGCUAAACCCCCAAUCGACCUCGUCUCUCCUCUUCCCUUCCACCCAACCAACUGCCCCGAAAUUGACAAAAACCCAGUGAUUGCAACUAAAGACUCUUGAAAUCUGCAAUCUCAUCGCGAUAUAUAGGUUCGUAAUCGAACAACAGCCGCCGCUGUAUUAUGCCCGCAAUGGAGCUGUCAAAUUCGAACGAUAAUCCUGCUGAACAGUUCAAAAUCGAAGCCAAUGAAGCCUUCAAAGCACAUAAGUAUUCGCAUGCAAUUGAUCUCUAUACACGAGCGAUAGAGCUGGCCCCUGAGAAUGCCGUUUACUGGGCUAACCGUGCUUUUGCUCACACGAAAUUGGAGGAGUAUGGUAGCGCUAUACAGGAUGCUACUAAGGCUAUUGAGAUUAACCCUAGAUAUUCCAAGGGUUAUUAUAGACGUGGAGCUGCAUAUUUAGCAAUGGGGAAGUUUAAAGAUGCACUCAAGGACUUUCAGCAGGUCAAGAAAAUAUGUCCCAACGACCCUGAUGCUACAAAGAAAUUGAAAGAGUGUGAGAAAGCAGUGAUGAAGCUCAAGUUUGAAGAUGCAAUUUCAGCCCCUCAAUCUGAACGGCGCUCAGUUGCUGAUUUCAUUGACUACCGUUCCAUAGAAGUAGAGCCAAAGUAUACAGGUGCAAGGAUAGAGGGAGACAUUGUAACUUUAGAUUUUGUGAAGGCAAUGAUGGAAGAUUUCAAAAACCAGAAGAACUUACACAAAAGGUAUGCGUACCAAAUUGUGUUGCAGACAAGAGAAAUGCUCCGAUCAUUGCCCUCACUUGUUGACAUCAGUGUUCCUGAAGGGAAGCAUUUCACUGUAUGUGGUGAUGUACAUGGUCAGUUCUAUGACCUUUUAAAUAUAUUUGAGCUUAAUGGUCUUCCAUCUGAAGAUAAUCCGUACCUCUUUAAUGGUGACUUUGUUGAUAGAGGAUCUUUUUCUGUUGAAGUCAUAUUGACUUUAUUUGCUUUCAAAUGCAUGUCCCCAUCAGCAAUGUAUCUUGCUCGAGGAAAUCAUGAAAGCAAGAGCAUGAACAAAAUAUAUGGGUUUGAGGGAGAGGUCAGGUCCAAACUUAGUGAAAAGUUUGUUGAACUUUUUGCUGAAGUAUUCUGCUGUUUGCCCUUGGCUCAUGUGAUAAACGAAAAGAUCUUUGUUGUCCACGGAGGUCUUUUCAGUGUUGAUGGUGUUAAGCUCGCUGAUAUUAGGGCUAUUGACCGGUUUUGUGAGCCACCAGAAGAGGGAUUGAUGUGUGAGCUGCUGUGGAGUGAUCCACAACCUCAACCUGGAAGAGGUCCUAGUAAACGAGGUGUAGGCCUUGCAUUUGGUGGGGAUGUAACAAAAAGAUUUUUGGAAGAUAAUAAUCUUGACUUAGUUGUGCGGUCCCAUGAAGUAAAAGACAAAGGCUAUGAAAUUGACCAUGAUGGUAAACUCAUCACGGUCUUCUCUGCUCCUAACUACUGUGAUCAGAUGGGUAACGAAGGAGCUUUUAUCCGCUUUGAAUCCCCUGCUCUCAAGCCAAAUAUUGUUACAUUCUCAGCAGUGCCGCACCCUGAGGUCAUGCCGAUGGCCUAUGCCAACAACUUCCUUAGAAUGUUCUCAUAGCAGGUCCCUGAUCGGAUUAUGCAAGUUUUUGGUCAUCUUAUAGAACAGAGCAAGAAAAGAACUCAUGCUUCUAUAGAUGAUAUUUGUACUGUGGAUUUAUUGGACUGCCUGUAAGAAUACUUAAUUAGCUUUGUUUGUUUAGUUAGGUGGUGUUCCGUAGGCAGCCAGGCACACUUUUUUUUAAUGUUUUUUUUUAAAAAUUUGUUUUGUAGGCAGCUCAUUGCCAUGUAUGCUGUAAGGUUGUCUUGUUUCUAUUACGUUUAUUUUUGCAAAUUCAAUUUAGUUCACGAAUUAUUUUCUUUCUCUUGUUUGAGACAAAAUGGAUUAACCCAAAUUACUGUGCUAAUCAACAAGGUUGCGUUUA